ACUUAAUGUACACAUCCUGGCAGGAUUACCAGAGGAGUACAAUCCCAUUCGUGCAAGGAUGAAGGUCUCUCCAGUAAGUAGUUGGGCUGAAUUGGAUGACUUAUUAUUGAAAGAGGAAAUUCAUCUGGAUGAACAGCGAGACCACGCUAUCGGGAUCGAUCUGGGGACAACGUAUUCCCGCGUAGCUGUGUGGCACAAGGAUCAUGUAGAGGUUAUACUGAACGAUCACGGGAACAGGAAGACUGCAUCUUAUGUUGCCUUCACUGAUACUGAUGAGACUAAUUUGGUAGGUGAUGCAGCAUUUAACCAAGUGGUCAGAAACACACCCAACUCCAUCUUUGAUACAAAGAGGUUAAUCGGUAGGAGAUUCAGUGACGCCUCUGUUCAAAGUGAUGUGAAGCUCUGGCCAUUCAAGGUCAUUGAAGGUCCAGGUGACAAGCCCCUGAUUGUGGUCACCCACAAUGGCCAAGAGAAACAAUAUUCUGCUGAAGAUAUCUCAUCCAUGGUUCUGGUAAAGAUGAGGAAGAUUGCCGAGACCUACUUGGGUUCAACUGUGAAAAAUGCAGUUAUCACGGUCCCUGCUUACUUCAAUGACUCGCAGCGCAGAGCUACAAAAGAUGCGGGCAUCUCUGCUGGCCUAAACGUGUUGGGUAUUAUGAACGAACCAAGUGCUGCUGCCAUUGAUUAUGGCCUUAACAAGAAGGCCGGUUGGAGUAGCCCGCGAAACGUGAUGAUAUUUGAUUUGGGUGGUGGCACCUUAGAUGUGUCAUUGCUUACCAUGAGCACUUCUGGUGACUUUGAAGUCAAAGCAACGGCUGGAGACACUCACCUUGGCGGCCAAGACUUCGAUAACAGAUUGGUGAACUACUGUGUUGAGGAAUUCAAGAGGGAGCAUAAAUUAGACGUUAGUGGAAACAAGAGAGCUCUUAGGAGGUUAAAAAAUGAAUGUGAGAAGGCAAAGAAGAGACUCUCAUUUGAGUCUGAUAUUGACGUUGAAAUUGACUGUUUGUGUGAGAAUACUGAUUUCACCAUAACUUUUACUCGUGCAAUAUUCGAACAACUAAACAGGGAAUUAUUUACUAAGUGUAUGGUGCCUGUGAAGAAGUGCUUAAGGGAUGCUAACAUGGACGUAAGCCGUGUCGACGAUGUUGUUCUUGCUGGUGGCUCUACUAGAAUUCCCAUGGUGCAACAACUAUUGCAGGAGUUUUUCAACGGGAAGGAGCUGUGCAAGGGCGUUAAUCCGGAUGAGGCAGUGGCAUAUGGUGCUGCGGUUCAAGCCGCAGCCUUGACUGGGAAUGGAAAGGGGGAGUUUUUUCAGCACUACACUCUCAAGGACGUCACUCCUCUGGCACUUCGUGUGGAGGUUGCAGAUAAGAAUUUCAUAAUUCCAAGAAACUCUCUAAUUCCCAUGAAUAAGAAGCUAGAAUUGUGCACUGUUAAGGAUGACCAAGUUUACAUCAGCUUUCGCAUAUAUGAGAUUGACAGUAGCAUACCAGCAAAUCUCAACUUUUUGAGUGAAUGCAGCAUCCGUGACAUUCCUCCAGGUCCAGCUCCCAAACAUGUUCAUAAAUUCGAUGUUUUCUUCGAAAUUGAUCCCGAUGGCAUCUUGAGUGUCUCUGCUGUCGAUAAGUCCACUGGCCAAAACAGAGAGAUCAUAAUCAACCGUGACAAACCGAAGUAGUCUGAGGGAAUUCAGAGAACUAAGAGAUGAGCAGGUUAUAUUGUUUUAGGGUGAAAUCAUUAUUUUUUUUUGUGAUCUACUUCAGCAGCCCCAAUAUUCCUACGGCCGUCUACGCUGCACCGCAUUGCAGAACUCAAUGAUCCUUACCAUGUGGUGCCUCACUGAUUUCUUUUGUUUGGCUCAUUCGAGCUUGGUUUGCUUGUAGAAUAAACAAUUCGAGCUGAAUGGGAAUAAACAAUCCAACUGCGACACCAGAAAUAAAC